GAACUUAAAGCCGUGAAAGCUGUGGUGAAAAGAGACGCCUCGUACCGAAUUUUUGUGAAGCGUAUUGCGAUGCACGUGCCUUUGGAGGUUGUAAAGGAGAAGUUUUCGUCUUUUGGAAAAAUAAUGGAUAUAGAGGAAAACCCUCGUUCGGGAAUGAAUCGUUCGAUUUUCAUUACCUUUUACGACCACGAUGCAGUUAGGAUGGCCUUAACGACUCAACCUCUCAUUCUAAACGGCGAAAACAUGAAGGUAUUGCCAUGGAUGGUGAUGGGAGCUGUAGGCCAAAAUGUUGGAAAUCCUUGUCCUCGUGGAGCAUACAUUGGAGGCGUUGGUGGUGGCGGAGACAAUGGCGAAGCCGGUGCCGCUGGAGGCCAUGCCGAAGCUGAUGCCGCUGGAGAGGUUGGUGAGGUUGGUGCCGCUGGAGGCGUUGUUGAAGCUGGUGCCGCUGGAGGGGUCGGCGAGGUUGGUGCCGCUUGGAGAAAUUGGCUGAAGCGUUGGCGGAGCUGUUAACCGCCGCAUUGCCCAAGGCGGUGGUGGAGUCGGUGCCAACCGCCGCUAGGCCAGUUUGUUAAUACAUGUUCCCUAUGGAGCCAUUCCGGCUGAACACAGUAUGAAAAUUUGUAUUCCCCCCUCCCUCUUGUUCUGGAAUCUAACGAUUCGUAAUUCCAAUGCCCAUUCUUUUCGGUGCCCUUCGAGAUCUUGUCUUUGCUAUGGAGCCCAGCCCGAAGAGAACGAAGACAGACAUGAGGACCUUGUCUAACAAAGACCUAAACUCCAUCCGCAAGAUGACGUUGGCGUUCGAGAAGACCCUUCGCCUGAAAAACCAACAGAAUAUGGAGAUUGAAGAGGAAUUGAAGGCUGUUAAAAGCAGUUGUGAAGCGAGAUCCUUCAUACCGAAUCUUUGUUAAGCGGAUUGCCAUGAAUGUACCGUUGGAGUUGAUUAAGGUAAAUUUUAAAUAAUUUAUUUUUGAAUUAUUAUUUUAUUUUAUUUUAUUUUAGAAGAAGUUUUCUGUCUUCGGAAGGAUUAUGGAUUAUUAUUAUCGACUUCUAAAGAAUCUAACGACUUCUAAGAAAGAAAGAUCGAGUUCUAAAAGAAUUUUGUCGUUGAAUGUCCGCACGGAAUCUCUUUCCUCAAAAUCUCCUCUCGGAUAGACGACAGAGAGUGAGAGAAAUCCUCCUGUCGAUGGGAGCGCGUGACGUGUUCUGCCGUGUCUCGAAAAAAAGGAAGAGAGGUAUUGAAAUUGGGGGGUGAGAGAAGGCAGCUAAUAAAUGAGGGAGUGCAACAUUGCCACAUAAAUUUUGGGAGAUAGAUGAAUAUUUAUGCGUUUUAUCUGGCAACGCAGCGUGGAGAAGCAGGUGCGGGCAUGUAUUUUCAAAGAUCAUUGAGUAAGAACAAAGGAGUAAGCUCGCUCUACUCCUUUGUUUAGUACGCGCUUACACUGUUCUUGUUUACAAUUGUUCUUACUCCAUGAUCUUUGAAAAUACAUAUGAUAGCCUAUCGUCGUUCGUCGAAUUCGUAAUUCGUCGAAAGCACCCUUGAUUUUCAACGUUUUCCCUAUAACUUUGAGUCUUAUCGGUUAACGGUAAGUGAGUUUGGGGGUCGCUUUAAUCGAAUUGAGAUGGAAUUCCUAUCGGGAAACUGCUACAUUUGAAUUCAUCUUCAUUCCAGUCGAUUU